GAGGUCGUGCAGACCCGGGCAAUCCAGAAUCUUUCAUCGCCCAUCUUUGCGGUCUCUUUUUCAUAUCAGAUUCAUUCUCAAUCGCUGCUUUUACUUUCUACGCCCUUAUCAUGAAUCAAGACAUCCUCGCUCGCGUCCAGUCGCCUCGUCCAGAGACGCCAGAACCUGCCUCUCGACAGGGGAGGCGAAAUGCGCCUGGCAGCGUGCAGCUACUCGACGACGAUGGCGCUAUAUCGAACAAGUUGCAUACUUGAUCCUAGCUCGAGGCUUGCUUGAUGCAUAUAUUCGCCAAGUACUGCACACCACAACCCCCGUCUACCGCGAAUUCCCAGAGAAAAAGCUUGGCCAUGCUCGUCCCUCCAGAGGGCUCUUAUCUCACUCCAAAAGGCCUCGACUCGUGGGCUCGCGAUACGAAUGGCGCUCCUUUCUCCGACGAAACAAAAGAAGAACUGGUCGAGUUUUUAGAUGUAACUGAUGACGGUGGACUGACAUUCAAAGGCUUUCUUCAGAUAUACCAACUACAAACGGAGAGUGACGAGGAGGAGACUUGGAGGGAUCUGUCCAAUCACGGCUUUGAUCGGACACUAAAGCUCGUAGCUACACGCCGAGAAGACGAGGCAGAGGAUAACAACGUACAAAGUUUUGCUAGGCUUAUGGAAACGAACGGCUCUUCUAAUCCAUGACUGUUCCCCACAACUCUGAGUUCGCGCUGGCAACCAGAGAAAAAUGACUGGCAUUAAUCGCCGUCGCUCACGAUGUCAAAGCUAGCCCCUUGCUUGCCUAAAGUGUUCAGGCCAUAACGUUAUUUGCACUUUUUGUGGAUGUAUUCAUGUUAAAUGUAUGACAGUCAUGACUUCAAAGAUGAUGCCGUUAAAAGAGCAGUGUACAAUAUAAGUGCAGUCGCUACGCAACCCC